GUCCACACCCACAUGAAUGUGCAUUAUAUCCCAGCUGAAAAGAAUGUUGAUCUUUGUAAGGAGAUGAUGGAUAGAUUAAGAAUAACCUUUGACUAUACUCUCCCACUGGUUUUGUUCUACCCACAUGAGCAAGCUCAGUAUAAAAAGGUGACUUCAUCCAGAUUUUUUCUUCCAAUUAAGGAAAGUGCCACCAACACUAGUAGGAGUCAGGAGGAGCUGCCUCCCAGCCCACCGUUGUUGAAUCCAUCCACACCUCAGUCCGUGGAGAGUCAGCCUACUACUGGGGAACCAGUCACUCCCAAGAGGCGCAAAGCUGAACCGGAAGCAUUGCAGUCCCUGCGGCAUUCCUCACGUCACAGCAACUGUGACGGGUGGUCUGAGAGCAGCACAUCACCUCAGCCCAAGUGCCGACAGCAGGACAUGUCCACUGGCAUGCCCAGACUCUUCCUGUACUUGGAAAAGAAGACACCUGUGCACAGCAGAUCAUCUUCCCCCAUUCCUCUUACUCCAAGUAAGGAAGGGAGUGCUGUGUUUGCUGGCUUUGAAGGGAGAAGAACUAAUGAAAUAAAUGAGGUCCUUUCUUGGAAGCUUGUGCCUGAUGAUUAUCCCCCAGGAGACCAGCCCCCUGCUCCCUCUUAUAUUUAUGGGGCACAACAUUUGUUGCAAUUGUUUGUAAAACUUCCAGAAAUCCUUGGAAGGAUGCCCUUACCUGAGAAGAAUUUGAAGGCUUUACUGAAGCAUUUGGAUCUCUUUCUGAGGUUUUUAGCAGAAUAUCAUGAUGACUUCUUCCCAGAGUCAGUAUAUGUGGCUGCUUCUGAGGCGCACUACAGCACCAAGAACCUCAGGGCAAUGUACUAAAGUUCUUCUGGUGCUACAAGAGUAGCUGCUUUGUCUUUGUGCUUUGGGUUCCAGGUUCCAGGUGGACCAAUGAGAUGAUGGGCCUUCUCUUCAGGGUGUACCAACGGGCACUCCCUGGGGCCUCCA